AUGGAGCCCUCUGCAACAGCUGCUGCAGGUUUGCUCAGUCUAUUUCAAACAACAUCAGAGUCUGCGAACACAAGCGCUGGCAGUAACACCACCGGAGCUCCGUCCUCCACACCGUGUGCCCGCGACACCACCGUCACUCACCUGAUCUUCCCCGUGCUGUACACGCUCAUCUUCCUCCUGGGACUCAUACUGAACAGCCUGGCCUGCUGGGCUUUCUUCCACAUUGCAAGCACAUCAACUUUUAUUGUCUACUUGAAAAGUAUCUUAGUUUCUGACUUUAUAAUGACUCUGAUGCUUCCCCUGAAGAUCCUGACGGAUUCUGGCCUGGGACCGUGGCAGCUCAAAGCCUUUGUCUGUCGCUUCUCGGCCGUAGUGUUCUAUGACACCAUGUACAUCAGCAUAGUACUGCUCGGGCUCAUUGCUUUUGACAGAUUUCUCAAGAUUGUGAGACCUUUUGGGAAGUUCUGGGUGCAAAACCUGACCUCAGCAAAGAUCCUCUCAGGUCUGGUCUGGCUCUUCUUCCUCAUUCUCUCUCUGCCCAACAUGAUCCUGUCGAACAAGACAGCGACUCCGCAGUCUGUGAGGAAAUGUGCCUCCUUGAAGAGCCCCCUCGGACUCAAAUGGCACGAAGCCGUCAACUACAUCUGUCAGUUCAUCUUCUGGACUGUCCUCAUCCUCAUGUUGAUAUUUUACAUAAUUAUUGCCAAAAAGGUGUAUGAGUCUUAUGUUAAAACACAGAAGAAAGACAACAAAAGCGAAAAACGGAUCAAGGGGAAAGUAUUCAUCAUUUUUACCGUGUUCUUCUUAUGCUUUGCCCCCUUCCACUUCAGCAGGGUCCCCUACACUCUGAGCCAGACACGCACCCAGAUGGACUGCCGCUUGCAGAACCAGCUCUUCGUGGCCAAAGAGACAGCCACCAAUGUCUGCAUGGAUCCCCUGAUCUACCUGUUCCUGUGCAAGCCCUUCGUGGAGAAGGUGCUAUGCAGGAAAGUAAAGAUCCUUCAGAGAACAGUUCAUACAAGCCCAAAAACUGAACUGGACACACGAGUGUCUCCUACUGAUUCUUGA